UCUUGCGUACCGCGUGUGGACGAAGUAUUCACAACCGGAAACGGAUACACUUAUGGUAAAUUAUACUUACAUCACCAUUAGCCUUAGUCACGGACACGUGUUCAUGUACACCAACAUGUACAUGCAUGUACAAGUACAUGUGUCAUGUGGUCAUGAACGAUGUUCGUGCAGGUAGCCCGUAAUGCUCAAGUUACAGUGAAGCCAGGAUCAAGGGGAGCAGGGUAUCGAUACAUAAACUUACAUUGUACAACUGCUGAAAGUAUGGCUGCCUCAGAGGAAAACAUGGAAAAGAAGGAAAGACUGUGUCCUGCAGUGUUUCAGUAUGGUCCAGCCAGUGUGCGAGAUCUUGAACCAGGCAAGAAGAAGAAGUGGUGCACUUGUGGGCUGAGUAAGAAGCAACCCUGGUGUGAUGGAAAACACAAAGGCACAGGCUUCAAAUCUCUCAAGUGGGUUGUCCCAGAGAAACCACAGAGUGUGUACUCCAUCUGCCUGUGCAAGCACACCAAAAAUCCGCCCUUUUGUGACGGCACCCACACCAACCUGCCUGCACUGGUGGAACAAGCCCAGGCCUCCUGCCCACUGAAAGGCGAGCACCAGACCGCCUGCCCAAAGCUCUGCACCCAGUGUGGCUGGGUGCCUGACUUUUGAUGGUGGGCUUUGCUCUUUUGUGGCUGCUUGUCAGUGUUUUCGGUUGUUUCUGGAAAUAACACAUUCACUAUUGCAAGACAUAAGCUAGCGGCUAGAGCCACUUUCCAUAGACAUGUGUAUUAUUACUAGCCACAGUCAGCUGAUGUAGACAUAGCUGUGGCUAGAAAUACUGCAGGCAUUUUGGAAGCCCUGGGCAAGCGGUUACAGCCGCUUCUGAUCGACACGUACAUGUAUGUAACUCCUGGCUACAAAAGCUGACUCGUACAUCCCGUUACUGGAAAUAGCAUAGGUAUCAAAGAAAACCACUGACAAGCAGUUGUAGACACUUCCAAUAGAUGUGUUUGUUAUGCCCAGCCAGAGCCAGUUGAUAGGGACACAGCUGUGGCUGGAAGUAACCUAGGUACUAAUGGAAUUGGAAGUGACUUGCUGUUACCUCAUUACUCAGAUUCACAGCCAGUUUACUCAGACAUAGCCUUACCACAAACUUCAAGUCUACCAGAAAAAGCUCUCUAUUUUUACUUUAAUUUGUAAAAAAUAACAACAAAUACAACAAGCUUUUCCCAGUUUUUGCAAAUUAAAAGUGAGGGGAAAGAAUUUCAAGGAGUGCCAAAUAAAAAAAUACAUACACGUAAUAAAACUUAAGGAAGCAACUUUUAAAAAAAAAAAAUUAAGAAAACAAAAAGUUACCGAACAAAUUAGGGAAAAAAAAUGAAAUUGAGCACAAGGCAAACUAAAUGACAAUUAAUGCCCCUUUCAUUGGAAGUGAAAAAGGAAAUAAAACAGUGAAAUUCAGGGAAGUCCUUAAGAUAGAAAUGUCUACUUUGAAAUAAAUGGAACCAUGUCAGCUACUUCUGGUCAAUUAAAAUAAAGACAAAGAGCUAAAAGAUUUUGUUUACAGAACUUAUGUAGAAAGCAAUUCAUUUGCAUAUACAUGUAUUCAUAAUAUUAAUUACUCAGUUUGCAAUGCUUGCAAUUGGGUCAUUCUAUAAAUUAGGGGUCAAAUUUUUGUUUGUUCCUGCCAAGUCUGACAUACGAUUUUGUUAUUCAGAACACAUUCUCUAAUUUUGGAGAGUAACGAAUUGAUGCAAAGAUUUUGCCAAACAAAUUGAAAGAGUUUAAAUCAAUUUCAGGAAUAUUUCCAUGUCAGAAUACACAGGCCAGGUGUAACAGGAACACAAAAAUGUCCCACUUUUGGACCCCAAAUUCAUAGAACUACCCAAGUUCAUUUAAUAAUGGUAUCACUCUAAAAGCAAAAUGAAAUGAAUGCUUGAAUGCUGUAUAGAUACUUUUCGCUUCUUUCGGAAGGGAGAAAGAAUGAUAUGCCUUCAAAAAGUCUUUGACUUUUCAAUCACAAUCUAAAUAUAUGUGUGUAUGUUCAAAAUAGGGGAGAGAAUGCUUUUUAAUGCAAAAAAAAAGAUCAAUCUCUUUUAUCAAAUACAAGGCAAUUAAAUUCCUUAACUAAAAGUACUGUUUCUGUUUUUAUUUUAAUGCCUUCUUUCCAUAAAAAAGCAAAACUAUGGUAGAAAUGAAUUUAUAUGUCAUCACGUAUUAGGUCUGAUUUUAUUGUUGCUGGCAAGAGAAGUAAUUCAGCCCUGCGUCACACUUAAUACAUAUCUUCAAAAUGCACCUGUGUGUCUCAGAUAACAUUACUUUCAGAUUGUAUUUCACUUUGCAAACGGUAUUUUACUGCCCUUUUGGUUUUUAUGCUAAUGAUAUUUAUACUUUCAUGAGCAAAACUGUGAUGAAGCCUCAGUGUUUUACAUUGUCUUGUAUACAUGAAAAAUGCUCCGACAUAUUUGUGUAAAUUUUGCUGGAAUAAAUUUACUCUUUGCUUAUUCAUUGUGUUUA